GUGUUUUUUUUUCGACGAUACGGUUUGUUUUAAAAAGGUGGCGUUGAAAAUUUUCACACAGUGCGGAAUCAACCGUAAAACUGAUAAUGCGCCACGUGCUUUUAAAAUAAUACCUACACAAUUUUUUAUGCGAUUCUUAAUCAUUUCGGUUGAAUUUUUCGUUCGAGUUAGAUCUUAUUAUAUUAUUUAUUUUUUGUGAUAAUAAAAAUGGAAACUGAAACUUUACCUAUUUUGAGUGCUGCGGCUUUCGGCAAUGCCAACUUUGGCCGCUCGUAUUUCAGAAGUGAUGCAGAUACGGUUGGAAAUUACCGAUCUUACAGCAUGGAUGAAAUACCGAAAAAAACGGCUUAUACUAUUAUUCCUAUUACGAAUAAAGACGUCGAAAAAGUUUCGCUUUUCUUAAGGAAAUUUUUCUUUCGCGAUGAACCUCUAAAUGUAGCUGUUGAAUUAUUGGUAGAACCUAAUGCUACGUGUCAAGAACUAGAAGAAUACUGUGUUAGUUGCAUUCCUGAAGGUUUGUCAAUAAUGGCUGUUUCACCGAGCGGAUAUCUGUUGGGAGUCUGUUUAAAUGGGUCGUUGACGAGAGACAGCAAUGAAAAUGAUAAUUCUAAAGACCAUAGCAUAGAAGACUGUGCGAAUCCAAAAUUCAAAAAGAUCUUGCAAUUAUUGUCAACUGUAACCAAAUUAUCAGAUGUUUUCGGACAUUUUCCCACCGCCGAAAAAAUUUUAGAUUUGAGGAUACUUUCCGUUGAUGAAAGUUGUCGUGGUCAGGGGAUCGCCAAAGCUUUGAUUGAUAAAACUAUUGAAAUUGCAAAAGAGCACAAUUUCCCAUUGAUCAAAGUAGAUUGUUCGAGCCAUUAUUCAGCCAAAGCAGUAUCGCGUUUAGGUUUCCAGAGUAUAUUUACUUUGAAAUACGAUGACUAUGUGAAUAGCGAAGGAGAAAAAAUAUUCAUUACAAAACCACCUCACACCUGUGUCAAAACGUUUGUUAUGCCUUUAAGUGCAUGAUAAUUUAUAUUUUGUGUAUUUAUCAUGUUUUAAGAGAUGUAAAUUAGUUAAUUCAUUUCAUUUAUUUUACAUUACAUACCUACUUUUACAAUCCCAGCAUGAAUAUAAAUGUGUUGCGAUAUAAGAUAAAUCAAUUAUUUAUUAAAGUCUUAUACUAUACAUUUAACGAGUUGAUAGUUGAUAAUUUUUAAGAAAAAAAAAGCUUUAAUCUUCUCGCAUUUUUCAAUUUGCAUAUUCAUAUUCGCGAAUAUUUAGUUGAACUGUUAAUUUACAAUUCAAU